CCUCCUCAUUGUGAACUCACUUAACUCUUCCGGAGAAAACCAGUCAAGCGAUCAGUCAACCUCUUCUCUAACAAGCUGACCAUGCACAAGCGUCAUCCAUCAAGCUCAUCUAUCCCAACCGUCAACUCGAGAACUUCAACCUCACCCUCGAGGGCAACACUCAUCAGCCCAAGGUCACCACUCCAUUCUCGGACCAGUUUACUCUCGCGUAGAAGAUUACUCAUCGUUUUAGCCAUCUUGAGCUCGAUCUUCAUCCUUAUCCAUUUCAUCAGUUGGUCUGGUUCGCCUAUCGGACCACUGCCGGGUUUCGCAACUAGAUCGGCGGGCUCACGUCGGACGGAUGCCUAUCUGAUUUCAGCCCGGAGACAACGGCUACUCCAGGGCGCCUCGAAUUCGCCCGGGGGGCUCGGGCCGGCCAACUUCAGCGACCUGGCCCCAUUCACCUUCUGUCCUACUUUUGGGGAAACCGAUGAGCUUGGGCAGGUCUACGGCUCCCAGGCCUUGCUUAAGACUCGUACCCACGUCGGCUCGAGCGAUAGGAUCCGUAGGGUGAUCAGACGCGCGAUGGCCGGCUUGCCCAUCACCAUCGGCAUCCUUGGCGGCUCCAUCUCCAGCUGCCAUGGACUCGACGCUACAGCUGCCCAUCCCUUAGGCAACCCUAUCGGCCCAAACUGCUAUCCUCACCGAAUCUUCACCUGGCUCAACGACGUCUUUCCUCAUCCGGCCAACGAACUCACCAAUGGCGCCUUGCGCCGAACAGGAACAGCCUACUACGGAUUCUGCUCUGCCAUGCAUCUUCCCGAUCGUGUGGAUUUGGUAAUUGUAGAAUUUGACACUGAGGAUCCACAUGAACCUGAAACCAUCUCAACCACUGAUCUGCUCAUCCGAUCGCUUCUCCUUCGACCUGAUCAACCAGCAGUAAUCUUACUGGGACACUUCGCCCCUCAGUUCCAAAAUGAACACGGAUUCACUGGGCCCGAGGUCUGGCAUUCGGCCGUAGCCCACUUUUACGAUGUACCUCAUUUGACGGUCAAAGGCCUACUCUACGAGGAGUAUCUCGCGAAUCCGGAGAAAGUUUCACAGUCGUACUUCAUUGACCCGGUGCUUGCAAAUGCUAAAGGGCAUGAACUGUUGGCGGACACAGUAAUCUCAUUCUUGGAGAGCGAGAUAUGUGUAGUGUGGGACGAGGCAGCACUUGAGGCUGAUCUAGCAGGACUGUCGCCCCCGGUUCUGGGAGAUGCAUCACUGAUGAGCGGUUCUCAAGCAAACACAGCCCCAAGUCUAUUGGGUGGAAAAGGGCUUCGUAAGGGCUCCGAGCCAGGAGCCGAAGGGAGCGAUGAAUCGAGUGGAACUCUGGGGCUCUCAAAGACCGCCAAAGCGGGAUACUCGAAAGUGCCAGCCUAUCGGAUCCACGACAAGCCACACACUUUGGCGGGCUUUAGAGAGAUCAAACCCAGCUGUGCUUCCGCCAAUGAUCUCAUCAACCCCCUCCCGCAAUCCGUCUUCAUUAACUCCGGUUGGUCCCCUGUCGCUCCUAAACUCGAUGCCGAAGACGAACGUCAUUAUUGGUUCUCUGAGAAACCUGGAAGUCUCAUCAAAAUCCCUCUGAAAGUCUCCGGUGGUGAUAUCGCGGUCUACUAUCAGAAAGGCCCUAAGAAAGACGGUUGGGGUACUGUCAAAUGUUGGGUUGAUGAUAAUGUUGCUGGGGCAGUUGAGAUCCCUGGAUUUUGGGACCAAGAUCACGCAAAACCUGUGAUCUCUCAAGUCGAUCGAGGCGUUGGAAAAGGAUCACACUAUGUGGUCUGUGAGUUGCAAGGCAAGCCGGGCGAUCAGGCCAAGUUUAAAAUCUAUGGGAUUUUCUCUAGUUGAGAAACUCACAGAAAUAACACCCAAUCAAAAGAUAUAAUAUUAAUACUAAUAGAGAAUGUCGAGCGAAAACUUUUCCAGGCUUAGCUAUAGAGGGAUAGAAAAAGAGAUGUUGUUGUGGGAAUAGGUCCUUAGUGAAGAUUGAUGAGUGUUAGAAAGAUUGAAAUAACGUCAAAACAGAGUAUUGAUAUAUUUAUACAUAUAUUUGUGUGUUUACUACUGAACAAUUCAUGUUCUCUAUUUUGUUUCUUAAUCUUCAUUAAUUGGCUCAUCCAACGUAAGUUAUUUAUUUAUUUAUUUAUUUAUUUUGUUUUUGUUUAAGCUCAAGUAGACAUUACAUAAAACCAAGACUGUCUUCAUUUCUCUU